AUGACGAUGGUAGAGGAGAGCGGUGUCCAAGGGGGCGACCGGGUGAGACGGUGGUGAUAGUGGCUGAUGGAAGGCUGAUCGUGAUGAUGGAGGGGAAAAGGUGACAGUGUGGGUAGAGGGAGCGGUCGGCGAAGGACGGCGGAAGGUUGACGGUGGCGUUGGAGGGGUGACAACGGUGGUGGCGGAUGGAGAGGCGGGCCGACGAAAAGGGCGACAACAGUGACGGUGGAAGGAAAUGGAGACGGGAUAACACUCCAACCGGGAGCACGGGGUUCUCACGACCAACCUUUACCGGGGAGACGGGUCCUCACGACCUAGAUCAAUUUCUAUGGAUUUACCAAAGUGAGAAGAAUUAGUGUGGAAUGCUAAAGCUCAAAAAUCCCAAAUAUGAGAAAGGGUUGAUCGGGGUAUAACAAAAAUUAAACAAAGCACUUAAAAGAUUGGGCUCAAUCAGGCUACACAAAGGAUGGAGAAAGAAGGCCCAAAUGGGCGUGGGUAUAUAAACCUAAGAGAGGCCAAAUAAAAAGAGGAUCUUUUUUCGCACUCAAAUAAGAGGUGGCGACUGAGUGAUAUACAACGGAGACCUCAGGGUUGCAAGGAUGCGCUCUCCACUUUUUUCUCUCUUUUCUUAACUCCUUAGACCCCUCUUUAUUUUGUAGAUGAUGAGUAUCAUUUAAUAGAUGACAUUUUAUUGAAUUUUUAACUAGUUAUUAUUUUCUAUCCCUAGACUUCUCACAUCUUGACAGUGACACCAAGGCAAAAGAAAGGAAAUCUGUAUCAAGUUGUGCAAUUUCUUUUAGCUUUAUAAUUUUUUCCAGAUAUCUUAUCGUCUUACAAAUCCAAUAAAUAUUUUAUCUCUUCAAACAAUCAUGUUUUGAUGAUUUGGUGACAGAAUCAUCAAGCAUAUCAUUGGAAAUCAUUUUUUGGGUAGCAAACAAUUUUCUAGGUAGCAAAUGAUCAUGUCUUGAUGAUUUAGUGACAAAAUCAUCAGCACAUCACAUAAAAUUAUUUUUUGGGUUUCGUAUUUUGACCCUUGGAUCAAAUCUGAUUUCAUGGUUCCACAUAGAAUUAGAUCAAGAUAUUUUGGAAAAACUUAGCAUAGUUAAUUUAUUAUUUAUAUAAUUUUUUUUCAUGAUUUUAUCAAAUGUUUAUCAAAUGAAAUUUCUAUAUUUUUGACCCUGGGAAUGGAUUCGAUUUUACAAUCGCCACAUGAAAUUAGGUUAAUGUUUUUUGGAAAAGUGCAGUAUAGUUAAUUUCUUAUCUUCUGUAAUUUUUUCAUGAUUUUAGAAUAAGUUUAGUUUAGGUUUCUAGAUUUUACAUUACUAUUUUCUCUAUUUUUUUUAUGUCCUUGAUUUCUAAUUUUUGACCUCUAAUAAUGUUGUUGUUCAGGGAAUGACAUAUUGAAUUACAAGAUAACUUUUAAAGAUAUUAAAUUAGAGUUAGUCAUCUAUAUAUUCUGAGAUUUUAUUAACUUUUAGAGUUAGAUAAUGAUAUUUUCAACUUUCUAAUUUCAUUGAGGAUCGACAUAAAAUCUCUAUAAUUAAAGAGAGUUUAUUUAGGGUUUUCAUUAUAAAUAUUAAGUUUGAGUGCUUACAUUAACGACAACUUUGGGCACAUCAAAUUUUGGCGCCAUUGUCGGGGAAAUUAGCCAAAGUUGGCGUCAUUAUUGUGUUUGUCUGUUUUGUUUUUCUUUUUACAUUUUUUUUAUAGAGAAAAAAAAAGAAGAUAAAGCAAAACUCAAUGCACAUGCCCCAAAGGUGGUAAGUCACUUGAGGUAUUUCUAAACUCUAGAUUUUUAAUUGAUUUAUGCUUGGUAGGAGAUCUCUAAACCCUAAUUUGAUUUCACCAGAAUAUGUUCCUACCUUUAAAAUUUCUAAAAGCUCUAAACCUACUAGAAUGGAUAAUAUGAGUGAAAAUCUUGAGUAGGUUAAUGAAGAGCCUAAGUCUUUGAAUGAAUAUUCUAAUCCAUCUAGUGGCAUUAAACUUUUUGAAAACCUAUUUGCAUGCAUGAUAUUAAAUUAGGUAUUUUUCAGAUUUUAUCAAUUUUUUAUGGAAAUUUAAAUGAAAACACUUAUGAUCAUUUGCAAUGUGAAUUGGAUGAAAACAAAGUUCUACUUGGUGAUUUUAUGUAAUUGAUUACAUAUAAUUUAAUUGGUAAAAUUAAGAUCUGUAAAAGUCAAAAGAAUUAUAAUUUAAUGAAAAAGAAUUUUAAAAUUUGAAAUCACAUAAAGUAUCACUAAAUUAAGUGAAAAUUAAGUUGAAAGUAGGAAAUGUAAAGUUCUGACCUCACGACAAUGAUCAUUAAAAUUCUAUAUUUAGGAUGAUAAUCGUGUGAUGUCUAUAGCCUCAAGGGUUCUCUUUAGACAAAGAUGACGUGAAUAAUCUCUACAUUUUUUUGUGAAGUCUAGAAAGUAAUGAAGGUGGGUUAUUGAAUCAUCUCUAGUGGUUGUCACCCAUCGGAGUAACAAAAUAGUGACUUUGCGGUUCUCCGACAACUAUUACCUAACAAAGAUGAGCUAGAAGAAGAUGGGGUGCGUCUUGGGGAACUUCAUCCUUAAGUCCACACGACAGGAGAAGGCUCUUCAUCGCAUUUAGUAUGCUUUCAAGAGGUGCCGAUUUAUCUCUCAACGGAUCGUCUUCUUCUCGACGACGGCUUGUUCAUCAAUCAAUCAAAGAUCAUUUACUCGAUGAAUUUACGAUCCUUUUAUUCAUAAUUAUUUAGAAAUUUUAGUAACAAUGCUUCAUGAAUCAUGUUGAUAAGAUUUUUGUCGAUGAUUGAGUGAUUCUAGUAGCUUAAUAGUUCAUCAGUAAUCUAUAGGAAAAUCAUGAUUUAAUCAAACAAAAAUAUGAGUUUUGGCUCUAGUAGAAUUCAAACCCUUGUUAAUGACUCACCUCUAUGCGAGAAAGUGAAAUAAGUACUUGAAUAUUCAUAUAAAGUGACAUCAUAAGAGUAUCUUAUUCUUAUAAAUGAGAGAUAUUUUAGAUAUUAAAAUCAUAGGAAACCUUUGGGAAGCCAGUUUAGUUCCACAUUGAUUAUUUUAUGAGUUUUGAGACAUAUCUAUUAUAAAAGAAGAUCUUACGAUCAAUAAGCCUCUCUUUUGCGUGUAUGACCAUUCCUUGCCCCACGCCUGGUUGACCAUCAGUGAAGUGGAAGGGGAGUGAUGCACAAAUGUCACCUACUGGUCCUUAGCCACUCGAGUCUCACAACUUGUGGCUUCACCCAAUUGUACUUCUAACCAGCUUGCGAGCCCAACUGGCCAACAUGUCUGCCCCUUUUUCUAUAUUUUUAUUUUAUUUUAUUGUCUUCAUUUAUCUCAAAAACAUGAUUAUAAAAGUUCACAAAAAAUCACAUAAUUAGCCAAAAAUUGACAUUAACUAACUAAAAACCACUUUUUACAAUUUAACAUAAAUAUAAGUCUAUUUAUCAUGAGUUAAGACUUUAAAUAUAUUAUUAAUUAAUUAUUAACUCAUGAUAAUAAAGACUUAUCACUUCGCACAUAAAUUUAGAGAGUGACUUUGCUGUAUAUGUCUAAGGGAAGCCUUUGAGGCCAUAGACAUCCCUCAGAUAUCUUCUAAACAUAAUUUUUUUUUGUAAUUGCUAUUGUGAUGUCAAAACUUUAUGUUCUUUGUUUAAACUCAUUUAAUCUUUGAGUUAAUGAUAGUUUUGAUUGAAUUUAAGUUUUGAAACUCUUCUUUAGUCCAUUACGAUUCAUUUGAUGCUUACACAUGUCGAUUUCAUCAAUUAAAGUUUCUAA